AUGAGUGUAAAUAUUGCUUUAAAUUGGAAUAGCCUUACGACACGAUUGCCAAGAGCUGGAGAAACUAUCCUUGGACAUAAAUUUUUCAUUGGUUUUGGUGGGAAAGGAGCCAACCAGUGUGUCCAGUCUGCUCGACUUGGGGCCACGACCUCGCUGAUCUGCAAGGUUGGAAAGGAUUCCUUUGGCAAUGACUAUGUUGAAAAUUUGAAGAAGAAUGGCAUUUCUACAGCAUUUGUAGGUCAGACUACAGAUGCCGCUACUGGAACUGCUUCAAUAAUUGUCAACAGUGAAGGACAGAAUGUUAUUGUCAUAGUCCCAGGAGCCAACCUGCUUUUAAAUUCUGAAGACCUGAAGAGGGCUUCUGAUGUCAUCUGUAAAGCCAAAGUGGUUCUUUGCCAGCUAGAAAUAACCCCUGCUGUUUCUCUUGAAGCUCUGAAAAUGGCACGUGCCAGCGGAGUAAAGACUUUAUUUAAUCCAGCUCCAGCCCUUGCUGACCUAGAUCCACAAUUUUAUACCCAUUCUGACAUCUUCUGCUGCAAUGAAACUGAGGCAGAAAUUUUAACGGGCAUCCCAGUUGGCAACCUUGAAGAUGCUGAAAAGGUGGGACACAUGCUGUUAGGAAGAGGGUGUAAGCUCGUAAUUGUUACUCUUGGAGCAGAAGGCUGCGUGAUGAUAUCAGUAGAAGAACCCAUUCCAAAACACGUUCCUGCUGGGAAGGUCAGGGCUGUGGACACUACGGGAGCUGGAGACAGUUUUGUGGGAGCACUGGCCUUCUACCUGGCUUACUAUCCCAAGUUACCCAUGGAGGAAAUGAUCAGGAAGUCUAACUGUGUCGCAUCAGUGAGCGUCCAGGCAUCAGGGACACAAUCUUCAUAUCCUUACAGGAAGGACUUGCCUCAGGACCUUUUCUAA